UUGCUCUUGUCCUCGGUCCUCCGCCAUCCUUUCCAUUCUCCAGCAUCAAAUCAGCAUUUAUACGUCGCAGUUAACUUUGGAUUGAUUGAAUCUUUACGCUCGUUACUUUGGAGGAUAUGGGAGUCCAGGAUGUUACCCCGUUUUGGGGAGAGCAGACGUCCUAUCUGAACUUUUGCGAAGAGGACUAUGCUAUCACGAGAUAUAUCGCAGAGUUCAUUAAUACUCUGUCAAGUCUUAUUUACAUUGUCUAUGGUAUAUAUGGCUUGCGUAAAGUUUCCGGCAAGCCUGGAGCCGGACUGCGUUCUCUCGUUUAUUACGGAUUGAUGGGAGUCGGUGUCUGCUCGGGAGCGUACCAUUUGAGUUUGAAAUAUCACACGCAAAUGUCCGACGAAUUGUCUAUGCACCUGACGACAGCGCCUCUUUUGCACCGUGUCCUGACCUUUGGUAAGAGUCAGCGGUACACGAAUGUCCUUGGUGCGAUUAUGUCAGUUGCUUGGCUGGUGGGAUUUAUUAUUCAUGCCACCAUGGACGAGUUUUUGCUCCAUGCUGUCAGUUUUGCUGUCUCGGUCUAUAUAAUCGGUAUCAAGACAAGCCGGCUGUUAUCUGAACGAGUCCGGAAUCCUGUAUAUCGAGCAAAGGCCCAAGGAAUGGCUCGGUUUGGUGUCUUGGCUGCCUCUUGUGGUUACAUUGUCUGGCUGAUCGAUCGUUGGGUCUGCGACAGCCUGAUCAAGAUGAGAGGGGUUGUUGGCCUCCCCUUGGCUUUCCUAUUCGAGCUACAUGGAUGGUGGCACGUUCUUACUUGCAUUGGUGCAUACACCUUUAUCGCGCUCGUUGACUAUAUUACGACCGAAGACGUGGACAAAGAUCCCGUCGAGCUUCUUGCCUGGCCUUCUUCCUGGGCUGCAGAAUCGGUCUUUGCUCCGAAGAAGCAUCUCAAAGACCUGUAGGCAAAGGUAACAAUGAGCAGCACAGUUUUUGAGAUCACGGCGGCUGGAUAACAUCCAUUUUUUUUUUUAUGCGACGGCGAUAUAUACCUCGUCGUUAGAGCGAAACACCGAACACGAACCAUAAAA